CGGAGCUGCGGAGCGGGCCGGCGGCCAUCUUGUGAAGCGGCGAAGGAGGUGGUGGCUGCUCUGGGCUCCGGGAAGCCGUUCGGGCUGGGGCUACCGACCGCGGGGCGGAGGCACUCGCGCGGGGGGUAACUCGGGUCUGGGUUCGGGUGCCGCGCAGCUCUCCCCGGAUUGACUUGGCCUCUACUUCUUGUUAAGAAAAUACAUCUCUUGUUUUAUCAGGUGUGUGUGGUUUCAGCGCAGCAUGGCUGUGGUCAUCCGUUUGCAAGGUCUCCCAAUUGUGGCGGGGACCAUGGACAUUCGCCACUUCUUCUCUGGAUUGACCAUCCCUGAUGGGGGCGUGCAUAUUGUAGGGGGUGAACUGGGUGAGGCUUUCAUCGUUUUUGCCACUGAUGAAGAUGCAAGGCUUGGUAUGAUGCGCACAGGUGGUACAAUUAAAGGGUCAAAAGUAACACUAUUGUUGAGUAGUAAAACGGAAAUGCAGAAUAUGAUUGAACUGAGUCGUAGGCGUUUUGAAACUGCCAACUUAGAUAUACCACCAGCAAAUGCUAGUAGAUCAGGACCUCCACCUAGUUCAGGAAUGAGUGGCAGGGUAAACUUGCCUACGACAGUACCCAACUUUAAUAAUCCCUCACCCAGUGUAGUUACUGCCGCCACUUCUGUUCAUGAAAGCAGCAAAAACGUACAGACAUUUUCCACAGCCAGCAUAGGAACGGCUCCUCCAAAUAUGGGGGCCUCCUUUGGGAGCCCAACGUUUAGCUCAACCAUUCCGAGCACAGCCUCUCCAAUGAACACAGUCCCACCUCCACCAAUUCCUCCAAUCCCAGCGAUGCCAUCUUUGCCGCCAAUGCCGUCCAUUCCUCCAAUACCAGUUCCUCCCCCGGUACCUACAUUGCCUCCUGUGCCUCCUGUGCCCCCAAUACCCCCAGUCCCUUCUGUGCCACCCAUGACCCCACUGCCACCCAUGUCAGGCAUGCCACCCUUGAACCCGCCACCUGUGGCACCUCUACCUGCUGGAAUGAAUGGCUCUGGAGCACCUAUGAAUCUGAACAAUAACCUGAACCCUGUGUUUCUGGGUCCAUUGAAUCCUGUUAACCCUAUCCAGAUGAACUCUCAAAGCAGUGUGAAACCACUUCCCAUCAACCCUGAUGAUCUGUAUGUCAGUGUGCAUGGAAUGCCCUUUUCUGCAAUGGAAAAUGAUGUCAGAGAUUUUUUCCAUGGGCUCCGUGUUGAUGCCGUGCAUUUGUUGAAAGAUCAUGUAGGUCGAAAUAAUGGGAAUGGAUUGGUUAAGUUUCUCUCCCCUCAAGAUACAUUUGAAGCUUUGAAGCGAAACAGAAUGCUGAUGAUUCAACGCUAUGUGGAAGUUAGUCCUGCCACAGAGAGACAGUGGGUAGCUGCUGGAGGCCAUAUCACUUUUAAGCAAAGUAUAGGACCUUCUGGACAAAACCAUCCCCCUCCUCAGGCACUUCCCAGGUCAAAAUCGCCCAGUGGGCAGAAAAGGUCAAGGUCAAGAUCACCACACGAGGCUGGUUUUUGUGUUUACUUGAAAGGGCUACCCUUUGAAGCAGAAAACAAACAUGUCAUUGAUUUUUUUAAAAAGUUGGAUAUUGUGGAAGAUAGUAUUUAUAUUGCUUAUGGACCCAAUGGGAAAGCAACGGGUGAAGGCUUCGUAGAGUUCAGGAAUGAGGCUGACUAUAAGGCUGCUCUUUGUCGUCAUAAACAAUACAUGGGCAAUCGCUUUAUUCAAGUUCAUCCAAUUACCAAGAAAGGUAUGCUAGAAAAGAUAGAUAUGAUUCGAAAAAGAUUGCAGAACUUCAGCUAUGACCAGAGGGAAAUGAUGUUAAAUCCGGAGGGGGAUGUCACCUCUGCCAAAGUCUGUGCGCAUAUAACAAAUAUUCCCUUCAGCAUUACCAAGAUGGAUGUUCUCCAAUUCCUAGAAGGAAUCCCAGUGGAUGAAAAUGCUGUACAUGUUCUUGUUGAUAACAAUGGGCAAGGUCUAGGACAGGCAUUGGUUCAGUUUAAAAAUGAAGAUGAUGCACGUAAGUCUGAACGCUUACACCGUAAAAAACUUAAUGGGAGAGAAGCUUUUGUUCAUGUAGUCACUCUAGAAGAUAUGAGAGAGAUUGAGAAAAAUCCUCCUGCCCAAGGAAAAAAGGGGUUAAAGAUGCCUGUGCCAGGUAAUCCCGCAGUUCCAGGAAUUCCCAGUGUGGGAAUGCCCAGUGCGGGAAUGCCCAAUGCAGGAAUGCCCAAUACGGGAAUGCCUGCUGCAGGAAUGCCCGGUGCUGGAAUGCCCGGUGUGGGAAUACCCAGUGCGGGAAUGCCUAGUGCGGGAAUGCCUAGUGCAGGAGGUGAAGAGCAUGCCUUCUUGACUGUAGGAUCUAAGGAGGCCAACAAUGGGCCUCCAUUUAACUUUCCUGGUAAUUUUGGUGGGUCAAACGCCUUUGGACCACCACUCCCUCCUCCAGGAUUAGGAGGGGCCUUUGGUGAUGCUAGGCCUGGAAUGCCUUCAGUUGGAAAUAGUGGUUUGCCUGGUCUAGGACUGGAUGUUCCAGGUUUUGGAGGUGGACCAAAUAAUUUAAGUGGACCAGGAUUUGGAGGGGGCCCUCAGAAUUUUGGAAAUGGCCCUGGUAGCUUAGGUGGCCCCCCUGGCUUUGGAAGCGGCCCUCCUGGCCUUGGAAGUGCCCCUGGGCAUUUGAGUGGGCCUCCAGCCUUUGGCCCUGGCCCUGGCCCAGGCCCAGGCCCAGUCCAUGUUGGUGGUCCUCCUGGCUUUGGAUCUAGUUCUGGAAAACCAGGACCAACAGUAAUCAAAGUACAGAACAUGCCCUUCACUGUGUCUAUUGAUGAGAUUUUAGAUUUCUUUUAUGGCUAUCAAGUGAUCCCAGGCUCAGUGUGUUUAAAAUACAAUGAAAAAGGUAUGCCCACAGGUGAAGCUAUGGUGGCUUUCGAAUCUCGGGAUGAAGCCACAGCUGCUGUCAUUGACUUAAAUGACAGACCUAUUGGCUCUAGGAAAGUAAAACUCGUAUUAGGGUAGCUGUUCACAUCAGUUCUUCAUAGGGUAGAUAUAGUCUUCAUAGUGCUGUGAUUAAUGCAUUCAGAUUGUUUUCCUAGUGUUUCCAGGUUAGAGCCUGUGGAUUGUUUCAAUUGCAUAUAGAUUGGUUUCCAUAACAUAGAGCAUUGGUUUACUGUUUACAGAAGUCUCACUACCAGGAUAAACAUUGCUGUAUGUUACAGUAAAGCUUUCCGGAGAGAACACAAAAAUGAUUUUGGCAUACUAUUAGAGAAACCAUUUGUAAAACUCAAAUGACCACAUAAAGCUUAUCCAGGAGUCUAGAUUGGUUUUGUUUUAUACCAUAUGGGGUGAAGAAAAUAGAAAUGUCAAUAGAGCUCAUUGAGGGUGCUCUUACCAGCUGCUGAAAAAUAGAAGCUGGCUACUCUUGGAAUUUGGUUUAAAGCUGGACAGAUUUGCUUUGUUAUAGGGUCAAAGCUUUGUCUAAAGUCCUCAUUUUCUUUAAAAAUUGAAUAAAAUCUCUGUGUACAGAUUCA